AUGGCAUGGGUCUAUAAUGCUACGCCUGCAAUAGAAGAGCUGUCCCAGUAUCGGCUCAUCCUCGCAGUGUGUCUUAGCUUGACAAUUUUAAUGGUAUCGGUCGUUUGUUUACGGCUAAUUGUACGUGUUCGUGCCAGUCGAUUGGGCGCGGCCGACUAUGUGAUGGUUGUGGGUAUGAUUUUUAGUAUAUUCUACAGUGGCUUAUGUAUUGCUCAAAGUAGAUAUGGACUUGGGCUACCACUCAAAAUGCGACCAAAGGCUAAUUUGGAGACAUAUACAAAACUGAACUAUGCCGGUCGUCCCUUUUAUCAGCUUGGGAUCGCUGGGUUUAAAGCUUCCCUUUGUCUUAGCUAUCUUCGUCUGCUAUCUGGCACUUCCAAAUCAUUCUACCGGAUUAUAACAUGGGCUGUGAUUGUAUUUUCCACCUUAGGGCAUACCAUGGGAGCUUUGGUUCUGAUCCUGGACUGUCAGCCGGUGGAAAAGGCAUGGAAUACCUUAAUCCCAGGUAGAUGUCUUCCAGUUGCAGCAUCAUUCUACGGACUCGCCAUUUUCACAAUUGUGUUUGAUGUGAUCAUUAUUCUUUUACCGAUCCCACUUCUUCUGCAACUGAAUAUUAAACCUGCUCAGAAAGCCGGUGUUGUGUGUCUGUUCCUCCUUGGCCUCUUCACUACCGUAUGUUCGAUUCUACGUCUGAGUCAGAUCUGGAGAGUGGCAUUUGGUGAUGGAAACUCAACUAUGCUGGUUCUAUGGGGUACAAUUGAAUUUAAUAUUGGGAAUAUUACAACUUGUGUGCCAUACUUAGCACCCCUAUUCAAAGGCUAUGUGCGUGAUUUCCGAUCCACCAGUCGCAAAUACGACAGUCGCGGGAGAAGCUACGGUAUCGAAAAUUGGUCUAGGGAGAAUAAGUCUCAUUCACAAUCUCAUGCAUCAGGACCGUCACAUCUUAGACGCACACCUAGUGAGGAGCUAAUACUUUCUAGUCGGACUUGUGGGGGGAUUGAGAUGACAGUGGAGUAUAGCAUCUUACUAGAGCAUGAAUACUCGAAGAUUUAA